GGGACGCAUUGUCACGUUCUGUGUAUAUUGGCUGGGAUUUACGAGCAGAAACAGUGCAAAUUAUUUGAAGUUUUUUUUAGUGACAUGUAAACAUGUAGAUUAUGUUUCCUUGGUGAAUUUUAUUUAAUUUUUUCAGUCAUUUAAGAUUCAAAAGAUGUGUUACGUAUACUCUUUUUAGACAUUUAAGAUGGAACUAAUUUUGCGUUUUCGGCGACACCGUAUUAAAUCCAUUACAAAGAGAAAAUGACCGAUCCUUACAAUCCUAAAUCGGAAAAGCCGUGCAGAGCUUGUUCUGAUUUUAGCCAAUGGAUGAAAGUUGGACCAAGUAAAAAAUCUGCUGAAGUCCAGGAAUCUGUUCAGAAAUUCGCUGAGCAACCUGAGCUAACUAAGAAAUUGGCUGGUAGUAAAAAGCAAUCUGAGUCGUCUGGAUCGGAUUCAAAGAAUUUGCCGAACGUAUCUUGGCCAAACCCAGAUCAGGCUUUAAUUGAUUUUAAGAGUAACGUCUGUCCUCCGGAUAGGUCGGAGCUAGGAUCUGCUACCUGGAACUUUCUUCAUUCUGUAGCUGCUUACUUCCCUGCCACUCCGGAUCCGUCCCAGCAGGAGGACGCACGUCAACUUCUCAAUAUAGUCUCGCGUCUGUAUCCCUGUUCAGAUUGUGCGGAGGAUCUGAGGUUGGAUCUGAAGGAAGAGCCUCCUGUCGUAACCUCCUCCGAGGAGUUCUCCCAAUGGAUGUGUAGAUUGCAUAAUAAGGUGAAUUUGAAACUAGGAAAACCACAGUUUGACUGUUCCAGGAUCUUUGAGAGGUGGAGAGACGGUUGGAAGGACGGAUCUUGUGAUUAAGUAUGAUGAUUAGAUCUAGA